AUGAUUCGCCGAAAAUCUUAUGAAGUUCCAAACUACUCGAUCAGAAAGAACUCGGAAACAAUUAUUUCCAACAGUCAAUCGCCAUCGUUUGUCGUUUACCUGAAAUCAUCAGAAAUUAUAACAUUUGAAGAUUCAAAAGUACACAGCACAGCUUUGACUAUUCGGGAUGUUCAGAAGCGCCAGAAGCCUAUUUCACCGAUAUGUCCAACAAGUUCUGCACACCCGGCACCGAAAAAAACAAAAUUGGACAGCCCAGAAAUAGAAUACUUCGAUGACUAUUCUAGUAUGGUCAGGGAUAAUGAUUCUAGGAAAAAUGCAAUCGCUGGAUCGAAUAUUGACAUUUAUGAAAUGUACGCAGCGCUUUGCGAAUCAGCCACUCCCAUUCCUGUCCCGCACACUCUUUUGGAAGAUGAAAGCGAAAAAUCUUCAGAUUCAGAAACAACGAAAAGAACGAGCAGCAUCGAAGACCGAAAGCAAGUGAUACUGAAAUUGAUUUCCCGCCGAUCCAGUAUGAAAAUUUCCAACGAAACGCUCCAUUUAAGUGUCGCUAUUCUGGAUAAAUCUCUCGAUUUGAUGGAGGUUGACAACGAAUCGAUAGGAGCGUUGGCAGCGAUCACGCUAAUUAUUGCCAGUAAAGUUGAAGACGUCGUCUGCCUAACAAUGGAAAGUGCCCUCGAAUUCAUAACGGAAAAAGUCCCAUCCGUUGAAAUAGCUGCCAAUCUCGAACGAUUCGUUCUCGUUACAUUGGAUUUCAAAGUCACUAUGCCUACUCCAUUCAAUUUCGCCAGUUACAUGCUCGUUCAUCUGUGUGCUCCAGAAUCGACAAUGCAUUCGGUUUAUUAUUUCCUGGAACUCUCUCUUCUCUAUGUGCACAAUCGUUCAUACUCAUCAGAUGUGGUCGCAUACGCCGCCACAUGUCUUGCGUUUGCAAUGGAAACUGACCCUGGCAAGAGUGUCAUGAAAACUCUUCGCGAGACGGAGCUCAAAUUGCGUGUUUUCUCCGAUAAAAAUCACCAGAAAAAAAGAAGUGAAAGUCGAGAAGUGAUGCGGAUAAUGUCUGAUUUGUUUCUUGUGGCUGCCAGUGAGAAUCACUCCAUAUAUCGUGAAUACGCGACAUCUCGUCGGUUUUAUGUUGCCAAUCGGCGAAUUGAUCCCGAUCUACAAGAAAUGCUGCAAAUAGAUUCGGAUUGA